AUGAGGAGUCAUUCCCACACCUCCUGCUGCGGCCGUUUGCAUCGUUUCGGUGCGUCUUCUGAACUCGACUCCGAGUCCUCAGCGGUAGAUGCUGCCAUUGCCGCCCUUCGUGCUGCUGCUCAUAACGCACUGGGGAGGAGGAAGAAAGUGCCUAGAAAGGUUGCUGCGGUCCAGUGCGACUUGGAGCCAAAGGCUGAGGAAGCCGCGGAAGAACCCGCAGAAUCCUCGCCAUCGACAGUGCAGGGUAAGCUGAAUAUCCGUGGGAAUGUUCUCCUCGCAACGGACUGGGACCUUAUCGACGACGACGUGCGUUUCGCGCACUAUCCCUUACUCUCCCUCGACUGCUGUGGAGCUGACCAGCAACGGCAGCAAAAAUACUGGGACCAGCAGCUCAAGCGUAGCCUCCCCCGUCCCUUGUUACGCCUGCAGCAGCGCCCAGAUGAUCGGGAGCCACGGCAGCUGCAACAGAAGCUGCAACAGAAGCUGCGCAGGGAGCUGCAGCACCAGCAACUACAGCGCAUCCCCAAGCACCGAGAAGCAUUCCCUGUGCGGCCAAACGACGUGAACCCGGAGGCAGACGAUUACCUCAAGAACAGAGUUCGGCAGACUUAUGAUCAUGCCCAUUCGCUGCCCCUUCACAUCAACGACGACUACUUGAAACUUCAUGCCAAGUUGAAUCUCAGACGUAGAAAACCGACACCCGGAAGGUAUGGCCCCAGCCGACGCUGCUGCUCCCCCGCCGGAGCACGCCCUCUCUCCGUUGGCGUUCCUGUCUGUACAUGCCCUCGUGUGUUUCCUGGGCGUUCAAACGGAGGCGAUCGCUCCGUUUCUUGCCAGAGGGGUCUCUGGAAAGCUCGUCAGCCCAGCACUGAUGGCGUUUCAAACACCAUGCAGCCUCUGCGAGAAGGCGUCCCCGUAGUCGCCGGCGGAGGAACUCCCCCCAACAUGCACUGUGGAGCUGCGCCUUUGGGGAUGUCAUCACUUCCUCCUCCGCCACAAGCUUUCUGCGGUGCAUUCCAUCCGGGGAGCGCCCCUGUGGGGAGCCUUCCCACGGAGGCCGGGUGCUUCCCGCUGCCCCCCUUGCAGUCAGGAAUGAUCUUUUGA